AUGGAGCGAGUUGAGGUCCUCAUCUACGGCGCAGGAGCUAUUGGAUCGAUCUUGGGAUGGAGACUCGCACAGCAUGAGACUACCCGAGUCUCGGUACUUUGUCGAUCAAACCACGACGACGUGAAGCAAAAUGGCAUCUUCAUCCAGAGCAUUCUAUGGGGUGAUGGUCACUUUAUUCCUGAUGAGGUCUUACGAGCUGGGGCCGCCUUGCCAAACCGCGAUUUCGACUACAUCAUUCUGGCCAACAAGAUCAAGACUGAGGAAGAUGUCGCGGUGAUGAUUCGAGAUCUGAAGUCUCUGGUUCGCGACAGCACGACGAUUGUCUCGGCACAGAAUGGCAUGGACAAUGAAGUACCUCUGCGUGAAGCUUUCCCUGAGAACACUAUUUUGUCGUCGAUAUGCAAUCUGGUCUGUACACAAACUCAACCGGGACUCGUGGAGCAAGUCGCCACUAUCAAAACGCACGCUUUCCAUUUAGGAGUCUACGAUCACCGAGAAGUGGCCGUCUCAGCACAUCUUCUAAGACGCGACAGGCUCGCAUCGAUGGAUCCGCACUUCGUAGUCAUCCACAAUGUCCACGAAGAGCGAUGGCAAAAGCUGAUCUUCAACAGCUCCUGGAACUCGAUGACUGCGUUGGCCGGGCUGGAUACGCACGAGCUGUUCUGUCAUCCCAUGUUGGUCCACAUUGUACGACAGCUUGCAAUUGAGGCGCGUUCUGUCGGCGUUGCAAGCGGUGUUAAACUGCCUGUGACUUUGCCUGACAAGAUCAUCGAGAUCGCAAAGGGCAGUGGGCCCAUAGUCACAUCUACCUUGAGCGACGCUCGAAACGGACGUAUGCUAGAAGUGAAGCCUAUCACUGGCUAUCUGGUGAAUCAAGCAGCAAGACUUGGAAUAUCGAUACCGUGGAUGUCUGCUGUGUAUGAUCGCUUGCGGCAGAUAAAUCGGCCUCUUGCAGACGAGUCGCAUGAACCUCAGUGUGCUGCCGAAUAG